AUGGCUCACCCAAAUGGAUCAAACACCGAUGGCAUCAAGACAGAGGAACAGCUGUUGAGCGCCGUAAAGGCAAACAAUACUCUUCCAUUAUGGGCGCAAAUGGCUCGUCUGAACCCGCCGGAGCCAAAUCCAGUGGCAGAACCGUUUCUCUGGAAAUAUCAAUCCAUAAGACCGGUCCUUCUCAAGGCAGGAGAGCUUGUUGACGAGCAGCAGGCCGAGAGACGAGUCCUAAUGCUCAUUAACCCAACAAGAGAUGCACCAUACACAACGGAUACCCUGUAUGCUGGCCUGCAACUGGUCAUGCCCAAUGAGGUCGCUCGAGCGCAUCGCCAUACAGCCUUUGCUAUGAGAUAUAUCAUCGAAGGUAAUGGCGGAUUUACAGCUGUACACGGCCGACGCAUCAACAUGCAGCAGGGAGACGUGAUCCUGACUCCGACUUGGAACUACCAUGAUCACGGGAAAGAUGGCUCGGGUCCAAUGAUCUGGCUAGAUGGUCUUGAUCUUCCUACUUUCCGCCAUUUUCCGGUCCAUUUUGUCCAGCAUUAUGACCAGCCCCGGUACCCGGCAGAGGAUGUUGAUUCUUCGCCAAUUGUUUUUCCCUGGGCGAAGAUGAAAGCACAGUUGGAUGCAGCGGACGGAGACUGGGCAGCAUGCCGUUAUCUCCGGAAUGACGGACGAGAAGUAAGUCGAGUUCUGGGCGGAAGUGCUGAAAGGGUUGACGCGGGAAAAUCUUCCGCACGCCGUCGCGAGACUACGUCUGCUGUGUAUCAUAUUGUAGCUGGACACGGUUAUUCGGUUGUUGGUGACAAGACUUUGACUUGGGAAAAGGGGGACACUCUCGCUAUUCCCUCCUGGUAUCCGUAUCAGCACUUUGCAGACGUGGCAGAGACCGUAUACCUCUACCGAUUUGACGACAAGCCAAUGAUUGAAGCCCUGGGAUUCUACCGUUGUGAAGACACAGACAUAGAGACUUUGGUUUCUGACUAA